UCGAUUGCGUGUCAGCGCUGAAAACCGGCGUCGAUUUAAAGAAGUUCUACAUCUGUCUCAUGCCCAAAGCUCUUAGCCAAGUAAAAAUGGAAUUUUAUUUGGAGCACCUUGUAACCUGCAAAAAGUACCCUCUUCGUUCCGGCAGAAAGGUAUUGGGCCGCCACUCCAAGUGCGAUUUGGUAUUGAAGUAUGAAUACAUGUCACGAAUUCACGCCGAGGUCCGAGUGGAACUUGGCAAGGUUCUCAUAAAGGAGUUGAGGGCCCUAAAUGGAAUUUUUAUAAAUACUGGGCAUCAGCGUAUUGGUCCGGACAUCGUAGAAAUUUUCCCUGGCGACGUAGUUUCCUUCGGUAUAAAAUUACCGAACGACGUUGAAUUUUCGUUCCCGCAAACGUUCGGUGUUUUUCUCCUAAGAGCUGUAGAUUCCAUUGCUUUAACAAAUGGCUCUACAUCUGACAUAUAAAGACAACAAAAAACGAAGAACCGGGACACCACAUUAAAAAAAUUUGUCAAGAAUACAAUCCGCUGUGCGAUAUAAAUUGAUAAAACCAUGGCACUGGAGCGAGUAAUUCAAGCAUAUAUAUUUAUAUAUGUAUAUAAUACUAUAUAUAUAUAUAUUUAUAUUUUACAAUUGACCACUAUUAUCCACCAGCUUUUAAAGCUGGUCUUAAAAUAUUGUGAACAAAAAACUAAAAUGUUUGUAAAAGAAUUAUAUCAAAGUAUAUAUAUCUACAUACAUUGUUUCUUAAAAUAUGAUAAUUUUUGGCCUCUUUAAACAAUUGUGUCAUCUUUAUUUUAAUAUUAAAAAUAGAGAAUGAGUGCCUUUA